GCUUAUUGUGGCUUUCCGUGCUCCUACUCCAAUCGUUGCACCUCGCAUUGUUAUAUUCUUGGCUUGAAGUACAACCUUGACAUCUGAUCCAGCCAAAUGGAACCCAUAUAUGCACCAUUUUUUGGGCUAAUGGGAUGCAGUGCUUCCAUAGUUCUUUGCUCUCUCGGAGCUGGAUAUGGCACUGCGAAAGCAGGAUCGAGCAUCGCUUGCACAUCUGUAACUCGCCCUGAUCUCGUAAUGAAAUCGCUUAUUCCCGUCGUGAUGGCUGGCAUUAUAGCUAUAUACGGUCUAGUGGUUUCAGUUUUGAUCUCGCAACGCAUCGACGAUAAAUACAGCCUCCACUCCUCUAUUUAUGAUUUCGGAGCGGGAUUGAGUGUUGGUAUCAGUGGUCUAGCUGGCGGAUACGCUAUUGGAGUUGUUGGGGACGAGGGUGUUCGGUCAACUUCAAAGCAACCACGACUGUUUGUCGGCAUGGUCCUCAUACUAAUUUUCGCAGAAGUCCUCGCUCUCUAUGGUUUGAUAGUGGCACUGAUGUUGUCCACAAAGUAAAUACAUCACGUACUGCGUAUCUGGCACCCUGCAUAAUCUUAACAGCAACGACGUUUGUUGGUUUUGUUCCAUUUUGCGUUGUUUCAUUUUUUUCAUUACUUAUUUAACCACCAUUUCUUGGAUGAUACCCAAACGAUUAUAUAUGCACUUCUUUUUCUGUCCACAACGUUAUCAAUAAAUGCUUCAACUCAAA